UUAGCCGUUACCGCGGUGUCAUACAGGACCCUUCAGUUCAACAUGGCGGCCACUCAAACGAAGUCAGCUUUGUUCGUCUGCUUGGGGAAUAUUUGCAGAUCCCCUAUUGCUGAAGCAGUCUUCAGAAAGAUGGCAACAGAUGCUGGCGUUGUUGAUAAGUGGGUCAUAGACAGUGGUGCCACAUCUGACUGGAAUAUAGGCAGCUCACCGGAUGCCCGUGGUCUGGCCUGCCUAAGGAUGCAUGGCAUUGAGUCACGCCACAGUGCCCGACAGGUGACUAAGGAAGAUUUCAAGAGCUUUGACUACAUUCUCUGCAUGGAUGAGAGCAAUUUGACUGAACUGAACAGGAAAGCAAAACUUGCGAAAGACGGCGAAGCAAAGAUUGAGCUCCUCGGUUCAUACGACCCGCAGAAGCAGCUCAUCAUCAAAGACCCAUAUUAUGGGAGUGACGAGGACUUUGAAAAGGUGUAUGAACAGUGUGUACGUUGCUGCAAAGCAUUCCUGGAAAUGAACUCCUAACAACAUCCAACCUUAAACUAUCUUUGUGGAAUCUGUUGAAUUUGAAAGAUUUACCAAAUAUGCUUUGACUGUCACAUAAGCACUCACUAGUAUACUGUAACCCUCUUGUGGAUGUCACUGAAAACACCAGAAAACACAUUUGUCUCAGUGUUGUAAAUGUCAAACAAAGUAAUAACAUUGUGUUCAUUUAAAAAGAUGCUGCUUGGAAAAAAUUUGAAGAAUUCAGGUGAUUAAUAAAAUGGAUAAAUGACUUUGA